AUGAAGUUGAUCUUUUCGUGCUUGGUUUCGGCACUUUGCGUCUUCUGCAAAGGAAUACAGAAAAGAGAAUCAGGUGGCUUUUUGCUCGGUAGUUCAUCCUUCGGUGACUCAGAGAGAAGAAAGAAAUCUCUUGGUUCACUCCUUAAAACUGGAAUUAGUGCUUCAGGCGAGGCUGAAGACAGGUGGAGAGAAUGUCUAGAUACUAAUAGUUUAGAGUCAGAAGAUAGCCCUGCAGAGGAAACCAAUUCAGCAAGUGGUCUUGUCUACAUUUUCUCUGGUGGUACAGAAUUUGAUGGCACUGCUCCAAAUCAAAAUGAAAUUGGUAGGGGUCCAUCUGGCCAGAGUGGAUUUGAUGUGAAUGAAGUGUAUGGGUUAGCUGGCUCUGAUUCUAUGCUAGUGAAACAGAUAGCAUUAACACAAGAAGUGGGGCUGGAAUUAGUAGCAGUGUCUUUGGAAAUUUGGGAUUGGAUUUGGGGACAUCUUGUUAAAAGGGACUGUGAUACCAGUUUGAGACGUGAGAAUAUAUUUGUUGGUGAUAACUUUGGAAAUUUGGAAUCCAAUUUAGGGGCUUCUGAUCAACAGGGAUUUGGAAUUAAUGAAAUUGGAGGAAAUGGAAUGAGUGGCAGUGGCUUUGUUGGGGCUGGAUUCAAAGGCCUUGAAUAUGGUGACAGUAGCCCAGGUGAUACCAGUUUGAGACGUGAGAAUAUAUUUGUUGGUGAUAACUUUGGAAAUUUGGAAUCCAGUUUAGGGGCUUCUGAUCAACAGGGAUUUGGAAUUAAUGAAAUUGGAGGAAAUGGAAUGAGUGGCAGUGGCUUUGUUGGGGCUGGAUUCAAAGGCCUUGAUUAUGGUGACAGUAGCUCAGUUGGAACUGGGUCUUCUGGUUGGGAACUUGGAGCAGGGAAGGGCAAUGCUACAUUUGGUUUUGGAGCUUCUGGUUCUAGUUCAUUUGGUGACAGUGGCGUUAGUAGCGAAACAGUUGAAGGAAAUUUGAUGGGUGGUGAUACCAGUUUGAGACGUGAGAAUAUAUUUGUUGGUGAUAACUUUGGAAAUUUGGAAUCCAAUUUAGGGGCUUCUGAUCAACAGGGAUUUGGAAUUAAUGAAAUUGGAGGAAAUGGAAUGAGUGGCAGUGGCUUUGUUGGGGCUGGAUUCAAAAGCCUUGAUUAUGGUGACAGUAGCCCAGUUGGAACUGGGUCUUUUGGUUGGGAACUUGGAGCAGGGAAGGGGAAUGCCACAUUUGGUUUUGGAGCUUCUGGUUCUAGUUCAUUUGGUGACAGUGGCAUUAGUAGUGAAAGAGUUGAAAGAAAUUGGAUGGGUGGUGAUACCAGUUUGAGACGUGAGAAUAUAUUUGUUGGUGAUAACUUUGGAAAUUUGGAAUCCAAUUUAGGGGCUUCUGAUCAACAGGGAUUUGGAAUUAAUGAAAUUGGAGGAAAUGGAAUGAGUGGCAGUGGCUUUGUUGGGGCUGGAUUCAAAGGCCUUGAAUAUGGUGACAGUAGCCCAGGUGAUACCAGUUUGAGACGUGAGAAUAUAUUUGUUGGUGAUAACUUUGGAAAUUUGGAAUCCAGUUUAGGGGCUUCUGAUCAACAGGGAUUUGGAAUUAAUGAAAUUGGAGGAAAUGGAAUGAGUGGCAGUGGCUUUGUUGGGGCUGGAUUCAAAGGCCUUGAUUAUGGUGACAGUAGCUCAGAGGAGAGGACCUUGUUUUCUAACUUUGGAAAUAGAGAAAGAAAGGGUGGAACUCAAUUUGGUUUUGAAGAUUCUGGUCCAAAUAGAUUUGGUGACAAUGGCUGUAGUGGUACAGACUUUGAUGGAAAUGUAGUAGGUGGUUCUGGAGGCUCUAGUUCUAGUGCUCUGGUCAUUGAUGGUGGCUCAAGUUCAAGAAAUAUUGAAUAUUCUGAAUAUUCUGGUGGUGUGUCUGAAGAUUCAGGAUUCAAUUUGGGGUCAUCUGAUCAACGGGAAUUUGGAUUCAGUGUAAUUGGAGGGAAUGGAGAGAGUAGCAGUGGAUAUGCUAGGAAUGGAUACUUGAGUCCUGGAUCUGAUAUCAGUGGCUCAGGAGGAUACAUUUGGUCUUCUGGUUCUGGAAGUGGUGGAGGAAGGAAGCGUGCAGCUGAACUUGGUGUUGGUGCUUCUGAACCAAAUGAAUUUGAUGAAACUGGCCUUAGUGGUACAGAAAAAGGAUCCCAUAUUCCGGAAGCAACUCCGAAAUACUCAGAAAUAAAUGAAAUUAUUGGUGAAGCUUCUACUUGGGGCAAAGGAGCGUAUAAAGCUUUCAAUGGCCGGAUGUUUUCCUUUGAGUCUUCAUGCACUUACACUUUCUGCCGUCACUGCGUGGAAUCUGGAGGAGAUUUCAAUAUUGAGAUCAAACGAAACAAUGACAGUGAGGUUGAAAAUAUAGUAAUUGUAAUCGACAGUAAUGACAUCUCUAUUUUUGGUGAUACCAUUUUAGUUAACGGAGAAAGUGUACAGAUACCAUAUGACAAUAAGUUAAUUCACAUUAAAAAAUACGGAGAACAUAAUGUCCUGAAUAGCCGUAGAGGAAUCCUGACCUUAAUGUGGGACAAAAAUAACAAACUCUCACUCACUCUUCACAAACAAUAUCCAACUUGUGGUCUUUGUGGCAACUUCAACAGCACUCCAGGAGAUGAUAUCAACGAGCACAUUGCCAAUAGUAAAAUUCCUGAUGAUUGUCCGAACGCUAUUAGUAAAAACUAUGAAUUUUGUGAAGAUGGAGUACAGCACUGUGACAAAAUUAUUGGAACCUACUUUGAGAAAUGUGGAAAGGUUGCUACUUUAUCCAGUGACUACAAAAUGAUCUGCAUUGAUGAGUACUGCCAAAAUAGAGACAAAAAUUCUUCAUGUGACACUUAUUCAGAAUUGUCCCGCCUCUGUGCCUCGGAUGGUCCCGGCACCUAUGAAUUCUGGCGAGAUGAUUCUGAUGUGGUUUGUGAAAAACCUACAUGCCCAGAAAAACAUAUCUACAAAGAAUGUGGACCCUCAAAUCCUGCAACUUGUUCUAAUGUGGCUCCUUUUCAAGACAGUGAAUGUGUGAGUGGUUGCACCUGCAUAGAAGGUUAUCUAUUGGAUGAUAUUGGAGAGAAAGGGAGAUGUGUAUUAAAGGCUGAAUGUCCCUGUGAAUCCAAUGGAAAGGUGUAUGAGUCAGGAGAAGUCCGAGAGGCACAUGCCAAGAAGCAAAGUGGUCUUGCACUGAUGCAUUAUGUCCUGGAAGAUGUAAGGUGGAAGGAAGUUCAAUUACCACCUUUGAUGGUGUUAAAUACAACCAUCCUGGGAACUGUCACUUCCUUGCCAUCCACGUAUGAUAAAGAUUGGUCUGUCAGUGUUGAGCUUCUUCCAUGUCCAAGUGGUCAGUCAGGAACGUGCUUAAAUACUGUUUCACUUCUUUUGAAUUCGCCUGUUUCAGUUGACAAAUAUGUGUUCAAUAGAGAUGGAACAGUCACAAAUGACAAGAUUAGAAAUCAAACUUAUUACUAUUCAGGACUCUGUGGUUCCUACAACAACAAAGCAGAGGAUGAUUUCAUGUCAAGUCAGAAUAUAUUGGAGAAGACAUCUCAGGCAUUCGCUAAUUCUUGGGAAAUGAUGUCUUGUUCUAAAGGAAACCCUGCUUCAUGCAUCAGUAUAGAAACUGAAAGGUUUGCUGGCAGUCAUUGUGGAAUUCUUCUUGAUUCAAGUGGGCCUUUUGCUUCCUGCCAUCCAAUUGUAAACCCUAAAUCGUAUCAUGAGGAAUGCAAAAUAUACACUUGUGCUUGUGAAGACAGUCAAGAUUGCCUGUGUACAGUUUUAGGCAACUAUGUGAAAGCAUGUGCAGAGAAGGAAACGUACAUAGAGGGAUGGAGAGCCAACCUAUGUGAUCAGUCUUGUCCAAGUGGCCUAGUUUUCAACUACAAUGUAAAAGGCUGCAAUAGUUCUUGCCGAUCAUUGUCAGAGAGAGAUAGGAGCUGUGAUGUAGAUGUUCCAGUUGAUGGAUGCACUUGCCCUGAUGGAAUGUACCAGAAUAAUGAAGGAAAUUGUGUUACAAAAUCUCAGUGUGACUGCUACAUAAACGACGAGGUCGUGCAACCAGGCAAACUCAUCAAUAUUGAUGACAAUAAAUGUGUCUGUCAGGAUGGAAUUCUUCUUUGCGAGAUUCCCCUUAAUUUAAUCCUACAGAAUUGUUCUGGAGGGGCUGAGUAUGUUAACUGUAGCGAUCCUAAGGCACAGAGAAGAGCUGAUCGUACAUGUAGCACUCGGAAUAUACCUAGCUUUGAUGAGAACUUGCCUUGCAAACGUGGGUGCUACUGUCCAGUAGGAAUGGUUCGAAAUUCUAAAGGGAACUGUGUCUUUCCUGAUGACUGCCCAUGCUCUUUUGGUGGACGAGAGUAUGAUCAAGGAAGUGUCACCUCAGUUAGCUGCAACAAAUGUACUUGCAUGAAGGGAUCCUGGAACUGUACACAAAAUGAAUGUGAAACCACCUGCCACAUCUAUGGGGACGGUCAUGUUAGAACUUUUGAUGGAAAAAGUUACAGCUUUGAUGGUCUCUGCCAGUAUUCAUUUCUUGAGGAUUAUUGUGGUAGUGAAAAUGGCACAUUCCGUAUUUUAACUGAAAGUGUCCCAUGCUGUGAAGAUGGGCUUACUUGCUCAAGAAAAAUCAUAGUUGAUUUUCAGGAUCAGAAUGUUGUCUUGCAUGAUGGUAAAGUGACGGCAGCCAAAACUACAGAAAGCAAAGAAUGUGAACUGAAUGGAAAUGCAUACUCCAUACAUACUGUUGGCCUGUACUUGAUUCUGAAAUUUUUAAGUGGAAUGACCAUAAUUUGGGACAAAAAUACAAGAUUGUCUGUUAUAUUGGAUCCACACUGGAAUGGCAAAGUGUGUGGUCUUUGUGGAAAUAACAAUGGCGAUCUCAAGGAUGAUUUCACAACAAGAUACUCAUCACUAGCUGCUGGAGCACUGGAAUUUGGAAAUAGUUGGAAAACAAGUCAAGAAUGUUCAGACACAGUAAAUCAAACUUUCCCAUGUGACUCAAAUCCAUACUGUAAAGCCUGGGCCGUGCGCAAGUGUGAGAUCAUCCGGGACAGCACAUUCAGAGACUGCCACAACAAGGUGGAUCCCAAUACGUACUAUGAUGCAUGUAUCGAAGAAGCCUGUGCAUGCGACAUGGAAGGGAAGUACCUGGGAUUCUGCACGGCUGUGGCUAUGUAUGCAGAGGCGUGCAGCGCGGUGGGAGUCUGUGUCACAUGGAGAAAACCAGAUCUCUGUCCCGUCUACUGUGAUUAUUAUAAUGCCCCUGGGGAAUGCAGCUGGCAUUAUGAACCUUGUGGUACAGUGACUGCAAAAACAUGCAAAGAUCGAGUUAUUGGCCAGAAAUUUUCUGCAGUUUUAGAAGGUUGUUAUGCUAAGUGUCCGGACAGUGCCCCCUAUCUGGAUGAGAACACCAUGAAAUGCGUCAGUCUGUCUGAGUGCAGCUGCUUCUAUAAUGAUGUCGUACCACCGGGUGGAGUGAUCCAAGAUAACUGUGGAAGAACAUGCUAUUGUAUUGCAGGAGAGUUGGCGUGCAGUGAAACUACACCUACAAAUUCAACAUUUACAGUUUCUACUACAACAGCUACCUCCAUAUUAAGCACCGAAGCAGCAAUUACACUGAUAACCAGUAGCUCAGGCACAGCAGCUUCCCUUCCAAGGAUUACAGCAACAAGCAGUGAAACAAUAGGAACAACUCUAAGUCCUCUCAGUGAAUCUUUUACUACAGCGAGUGCAACUACGAGAGCUGAAAAUGGGAGCACAAGUGAUACGGGCUUCAGAGCAGCCACUCCUGGGUUAUCAGCUGGAACAACCCCUGAAGCUCGAGGUGGCAGCACCCUUGGGGAACCAGCCAUUGGCAUCACAAGUUCUGGUACACCUGGAACAUCAGGUGGUGCAAGUAGUAGAGGUGAGAGUACAUCUGGGUCCCCCAAUAGUGGUGCUACAAGCUCUUCAAAUAAACCAGUUUUGACAAGUACAACUGGAGGUUCUGUUGGAGGAUCAGGAAGAACUGGACAAUCAUCUGGAGUGACGGAGAGUAUUGCAACAUCACCCGGAGAAUCAGUAACAACUGAGUUAUCAUCAGGAGGAAUAGGGACAACGAGACCAUCAGUUGUAUCAGGAACCUCUGCAACAUCAGCAGGACUGAGAGGGACAACUGUUUCAGUAGAAGGAACAUCUACAAUAUCAGCUGGACUGAGAGGAACAACCGGACCAAGAGUUAGCCAAUUGGAGACAACAAGAAGAUUAGUUGAAGGAACUGAGACACCUAGAUCAUCAAUUGGAUGGUCAGGGCAAGUAGAGACAACAGGACCAGAGGCUGCAGCAUCAGGAACCACAGGACCAUCAUCUGAAGCGUCAGUGACAACUAGACCCUCAUCCAGAGUGACUGAGACACCUAGACCAUCACCUGGAGGGUCAGGAACAACUGGACCAACAGCUGGGCGCCUAGAGACAACAGGACCAGAGGCUGGAGCAUCAGGGACCACAGGACCAUCAGCUGAAGGAUCAGGAACCACUGCUCCACUUGUUGUAGGUUCCAGGACACCUGGAUCCUCACCUGGAAGAUCCGGAGCCACUGGGCCAACAGCUGGCGUCACGGGGGCAACAGGACCAGCAACUGCAGGACCAGGGACCACGGGACCAUCAGCUGAAGGAUCAGCGACAACUGGACCGUCGGUUGGAGGGUCCACCGUCAGCCAGCCCGGACCAUCAGCCAGAGUCCCAGGGUCCACUGGACCAUCUCCUGUAGGAUCAGGGACCACUGGACCACCUGUUUCAGGAUCGAGGGCAACUGGACCAUCAGUUGGAGAGUCAGCGACAAGUGGACCAGCAGCUCCAGGAUCGGGAACAAGUGGAACAUCAGCUGGACGAUUAGAGACAACAGGACCAGCAGCUGGAGGAUCAGGGACCACAGCACCAUCAGCUGAAGAACGAGGGACAAGUGGACAGUCAGCCAGAGUAUCAGGUUCCACGGGACCGUCUGUUCCAGGAUCAGGGACCACUGUCCCAUCGGUGGUGGGAUCAGGGACAACCGGACCAUCUGUUGGAGGGUCAGGGACAACUGGACCGUCAGAUCGAAGAUCAGGGACAACUGGAUCAUCAGGUGGAAGAUCAGGAGCAACUGGACCAUCAGCUGUAGACACAGGGGCUACAGGACCAGCAACUGGAGCAGCAGGGACCUCAAGGCCAUCGGCUGAAGCGUCAGCGACCUCUGGACCAGGCGCCAGGGUAACAGGGACCAGUGGAGCAUCUGUGGUAGGAUCAGAGACGACUGGACCAGCUGUUGUAGGGUCGGGGACAACUGGACCUUCAGUUGAAGGGUCAGGGACAACUGGGCUGUCAGCUGAGGGGUCGAAGCCAACUGGACCAUCCUCUGGAGUGACAGAGUCACCUGGAUCUUCACCUGGAGGGUCAGGAACAACUGGGCCAACAGCUGGAGUCACAGUGGCACCAGGACCAGCCACUGGAGGAUCAGGGACCACAGGGCCAUCAGCUGAAGCUUCAGGGACAACGGGACUGUCCACCGGGGGGUCAGGCUCUACUGGGCCUGCCGCUGGAGGAUCGGGGACGACUGGAACGUCAUCUGCAGCACCAGGGCCAAGUGCACCAUCCCCAGGAGUGUCAGGAACAACGGGACCGUCAGCUGAAGGAUCGGCGACACCCGGACCAUCAACCGGAGUACCAGGAACCGCUGGGCCAUCUGUUGUAGUGUCAGGGACAACUGGAACCUCAGCUGGAGGGUCAGGGACAACCGGACCAGCUGCUGGAGGGUCAGGGACAACCGGACCCUCAGCUCGAGGAUCCGAGACCACUGGAUCAUCAGCUGGGAGCUCAGGACCAGCUGGACCAUCAUCUGAAGCGUCAGUGACAACUAGACCCUCAUCCGGAGUGACUGAGACACCUAGACCAUCACCUGGAGGGUCAGGAACAACUGGACCAACAGCUGGGCCAUUAGAGACAACAGGACCAGAGGCUGGAGCAUCAGGGACCACAGGACCAUCAGCUGAAGGAUCAGGAACCACUGCUCCACUUGUUGUAGGUUCCAGGACACCUGGAUCCUCACCUGGAAGAUCCGGAGCCACUGGGCCAACAGCUGGCAUCACGGGGGCAACAGGACCAGCAACUGCAGGACCAGGGACCACGGGACCAUCAGCUGAAGGAUCAGCGACAACUGGACCGUCGGUUGGAGGGUCCACCGUCAGCCAGCCCGGACCAUCAGCCAGAGUCCCAGGGUCCACUGGACCAUCUCCUGUAGGAUCAGGGACCACUGGACCACCUGUUUCAGGAUCGAGGGCAACUGGACCAUCAGUUGGAGAGUCAGCGACAAGUGGACCAGCAGCUCCAGGAUCGGGAACAAGCGGAACAUCAGCUGGACGAUUAGAGACAACAGGACCAGCAUCUGGAGGAUCAGGGACCACAGCACCAUCAGCUGAAGAACGAGGGACAAGUGGACAGUCAGCCAGAGUAUCAGGUUCCACGGGACCGUCUGUUCCAGGAUCAGGGACCACUGUCCCAUCGGUGGUGGGAUCAGGGACAACCGGAUCAUCUGUUGGAGGGUCAGGGACAACUGGACCAUCAGAUCGAAGAUCAGGGACAACUGGAUCAUCAGGUGGAAGAUCAGGAGCAACUGGACCAUCAGCUGGAGACACAGGGGCUACAGGACCAGCAACUGGAGCAGCAGGGACCUCAAGGCCAUCGGCUGAAGCGUCAGCGACCUCUGGACCAGGCGCCAGGGUAACAGGGACCAGUGGAGCAUCUGUGGUAGGAUCAGAGACGACUGGACCAGCUGUUGUAGGGUCGGGGACAACUGGACCUUCAGUUGAAGGGUCAGGGACAACUGGGCUGUCAGCUGAGGGGUCGAAGCCAACUGGACCAUCCUCUGGAGUAACAGAGUCACCUGGAUCUUCACCUGGAGGGUCAGGAACAACUGGGCCCACAGCUGGAGUCACAGUGGCACCAGGACCAGCCACUGGAGGAUCAGGGACCACAGGGCCAUCAGCUGAAGCUUCAGGGACAACGGGACUGUCCACCGGGGGGUCAGGCUCUACUGGGCCUGCCGCUGGAGGAUCGGGGACGACGGGAACGUCAUCUGCAGCACCAGGGCCAAGUGCACCAUCCCCAGGAGUGUCAGGAACAACGGGACCGUCAGCUGAAGGAUCGGCGACACCCGGACCAUCAACCGGAGUACCAGGAACCGCUGGGCCAUCUGUUGUAGUGUCAGGGACAACUGGACCCUCAGCUGGAGGGUCAGGGACAACCAGACCAGCUGCUGGAGGGUCAGGGACAACCGGACCCUCAGCUCGAGGAUCCGAGACCACUGGAUCAUCAGCUGGGAGCUCAGGACCAGCUGGACCAUCAUCUGAAGCGUCAGUGACAACUAGACCCUCAUCCGGAGUGACUGAGACACCUAGACCAUCACCUGGAGGGUCAGGAACAACUGGACCAACAGCUGGGCGCCUAGAGACAACAGGACCAGAGGCUGGAGCAUCAGGGACCACAGGACCAUCAGCUGAAGGAUCAGGAACCACUGCUCCACUUGUUGUAGGUUCCAGGACACCUGGAUCCUCACCUGGAAGAUCCGGAGCCACUGGGCCAACAGCUGGCGUCACGGGGGCAACAGGACCAGCAACUGCAGGACCAGGGACCACGGGACCAUCAGCUGAAGGAUCAGCGACAACUGGACCGUCGGUUGGAGGGUCCACCGUCAGCCAGCCCGGACCAUCAGCCAGAGUCCCAGGGUCCACUGGACCAUCUCCUGUAGGAUCAGGGACCACUGGACCACCUGUUUCAGGAUCGAGGGCAACUGGACCAUCAGUUGGAGAGUCAGCGACAAGUGGACCAGCAGCUCCAGGAUCGGGAACAAGUGGAACAUCAGCUGGACGAUUAGAGACAACAGGACCAGCAUCUGGAGGAUCAGGGACCACAGCACCAUCAGCUGAAGAACGAGGGACAAGUGGACAGUCAGCCAGAGUAUCAGGUUCCACGGGACCGUCUGUUCCAGGAUCAGGGACCACUGUCCCAUCGGUGGUGGGAUCAGGGACAACCGGACCAUCUGUUGGAGGGUCAGGGACAACUGGACCAUCAGAUCGAAGAUCAGGGACAACUGGAUCAUCAGGUGGAAGAUCAGGAGCAACUGGACCAUCAGCUGGAGACACAGGGGCUACAGGACCAGCAACUGGAGCAGCAGGGACCUCAAGGCCAUCGGCUGAAGCAUCAGCGACCUCUGGACCAGGCGCCAGGGUAACAGGGACCAGUGGAGCAUCUGUGGUAGGAUCAGAGACGACUGGACCAGCUGUUGUAGGGUCGGGGACAACUGGACCUUCAGUUGAAGGGUCAGGGACAACUGGGCUGUCAGCUGAGGGGUCGAAGCCAACUGGACCAUCAUCUGGAGUGACAGAGUCACCUGGAUCUUCACCAGGAGGGUCAGGAACAAUUGGGCCAACAGCUGGAGUCACAGUGGCACCAGGACCAGCCACUGGAGGAUCAGGGACCACAGGGCCAUCAGCUGAAGCUUCAGGGACAACGGGACUGUCCACCGGGGGGUCAGGCUCUACUGGGCCUGCCGCUGGAGGAUCGGGGACGACUGGAACGUCAUCUGCAGCACCAGGGCCAAGUGCACCAUUCCCAGGAGUGUCAGGAACAACGGGACCGUCAGCUGAAGGAUCGGCGACACCCGGACCAUCAACCGGAGUACCAGGAACCGCUGGGCCAUCUGUUGUAGUGUCAGGGACAACUGGACCCUCAGCUGGAGGGUCAGGGACAACCGGACCAGCUGCUGGAGGGUCAGGGACAACCGGACCCUCAGCUCGAGGAUCCGAGACCACUGGAUCAUCAGCUGGGAGCUCAGGACCAGCUGGACCAUCAUCUGAAGCGUCAGUGACAACUAGACCCUCAUCCGGAGUGACUGAGACACCUAGACCAUCACCUGGAGGGUCAGGAACAACUGGACCAACAGCUGGGCCAUUAGAGACAACAGGACCAGAGGCUGGAGCAUCAGGGACCACAGGACCAUCAGCUGAAGGAUCAGGAACCACUGCUCCACUUGUUGUAGGUUCCAGGACACCUGGAUCCUCACCUGGAAGAUCCGGAGCCACUGGGCCAACAGCUGGCGUCACGGGGGCAACAGGACCAGCAACUGCAGGACCAGGGACCACGGGACCAUCAGCUGAAGGAUCAGCGACAACUGGACCGUCGGUUGGAGGGUCCACCGUCAGCCAGCCCGGACCAUCAGCCAGAGUCCCAGGGUCCACUGGACCAUCUCCUGUAGGAUCAGGGACCACUGGACCACCUGUUUCAGGAUCGAGGGCAACUGGACCAUCAGUUGGAGAGUCAGCGACAAGUGGACCAGCAGCUCCAGGAUCGGGAACAAGUGGAACAUCAGCUGGACGAUUAGAGACAACAGGACCAGCAGCUGGAGGAUCAGGGACCACAGCACCAUCAGCUGAAGAACGAGGGACAAGUGGACAGUCAGCCAGAGUAUCAGGUUCCACGGGACCGUCUGUUCCAGGAUCAGGGACCACUGUCCCAUCGGUGGUGGGAUCAGGGACAACCGGACCAUCGGUUGCAGGGUCAGGGACAACUGGACCGUCAGAUCGAAGAUCAGGGACAACUGGAUCAUCAGGUGGAAGAUCAGGAGCAACUGGACCAUCAGCUGGAGACACAGGGGCUACAGGACCAGCAACUGGAGCAGCAGGGACCUCAAGGCCAUCGGCUGAAGCGUCAGCGACCUCUGGACCAGGCGCCAGGGUAACAGGGACCAGUGGAGCAUCUGUGGUAGGAUCAGAGACGACUGGACCAGCUGUUGUAGGGUCGGGGACAACUGGACCUUCAGUUGAAGGGUCAGGGACAACUGGGCUGUCAGCUGAGGGGUCGAAGCCAACUGGACCAUCAUCUGGCAUGACAGAGUCACCUGGAUCUUCACCUGGAGGGUCAGGAACAACUGGGCCAACAGCUGGAGUCACAGUGGCACCAGGACCAGCCACUGGAGGAUCAGGGACCACAGGGCCAUCAGCUGAAGCUUCAGGGACAACGGGACUGUCCACCGGGGGGUCAGGCUCUACUGGGCCUGCCGCUGGAGGAUCGGGGACGACUGGAACGUCAUCUGCAGCACCAGGGCCAAGUGCACCAUCCCCAGGAGUGUCAGGAACAACGGGACCGUCAGCUGAAGGAUCGGCGACACCCGGACCAUCAACCGGAGUACCAGGAACCGCUGGGCCAUCUGUUGUAGUGUCAGGGACAACUGGACCCUCAGCUGGAGGGUCAGGGACAACCGGACCAGCUGCUGGAGGGUCAGGGACAACCGGACCCUCAGCUCGAGGAUCCGAGACCACUGGAUCAUCAGCUGGGAGCUCAGGACCAGCUGGACCAUCAUCUGAAGCAUCAGUGACAAAUAGACCCUCAUCCGGAGUGACUGAGACACCUAGACCAUCACCUGGAGGGUCAGGAACAACUGGACCAACAUCUGGGCGCCUAGAGACAACAGGACCAGAGGCUGGAGCAUCAGGGACCACAGGACCAUCAGCUGAAGGAUCAGGAACCACUGCUCCACUUGUUGUAGGUUCCAGGACACCUGGAUCCUCACCUGGAAGAUCCGGAGCCACUGGGCCAACAGCUGGCGUCACGGGGGCAACAGGACCAGCAACUGCAGGACCAGGGACCACGGGACCAUCAGCUGAAGGAUCAGCGACAACUGGACCGUCGGUUGGAGGGUCCACCGUCAGCCAGCCCGGACCAUCAGCCAGAGUCCCAGGGUCCACUGGACCAUCUCCUGUAGGAUCAGGGACCACUGGACCACCUGUUUCAGGAUCGAGGGCAACUGGACCAUCAGUUGGAGAGUCAGCGACAAGUGGACCAGCAGCUCCAGGAUCGGGAACAAGUGGAACAUCAGCUGGACGAUUAGAGACAACAGGACCAGCAUCUGGAGGAUCAGGGACCACAGCACCAUCAGCUGAAGAACGAGGGACAAGUGGACAGUCAGCCAGAGUAUCAGGUUCCACGGGACCGUCUGUUCCAGGAUCAGGGACCACUGUCCCAUCGGUGGUGGGAUCAGGGACAACCGGACCAUCUGUUGGAGGGUCAGGGACAACUGGACCGUCAGAUCGAAGAUCAGGGACAACUGGAUCAUCAGGUGGAAGAUCAGGAGCAACUGGACCAUCAGCUGGAGACACAGGGGCUACAGGACCAGGAGCAGCAGGGACCUCAAGGCCAUCGGCUGAAGCGUCAGCGACCUCUGGACCAGGCGCCAGGGUAACAGGGACCAGUGGAGCAUCUGUGGUAGGAUCAGAGACGACUGGACCAGCUGUUGUAGGGUCGGGGACAACUGGACCUUCAGUUGAAGGGUCAGGGACAACUGGGCUGUCAGCUGAGGGGUCGAAGCCAACUGGACCAUCAUCUGGAGUGACAGAGUCACCUGGAUCUUCACCUGGAGGGUCAGGAACAACUGGGCCCACAGCUGGAGUCACAGUGGCACCAGGACCAGCCACUGGAGGAUCAGGGACCACAGGGCCAUCAGCUGAAGCUUCAGGGACAACGGGACUGUCCACCGGGGGGUCAGGCUCUACUGGGCCUGCCGCUGGAGGAUCGGGGACGACUGGAACGUCAUCUGCAGCACCAGGGCCAAGUGCACCAUCCCCAGGAGUGUCAGGAACAACGGGACCGUCAGCUGAAGGAUCGGCGACACCCGGACCAUCAACCGGAGUACCAGGAACCGCUGGGCCAUCUGUUGUAGUGUCAGGGACAACUGGACCCUCAGCUGGAGGGUCAGGGACAACCGGACCAGCUGCUGGAGGGUCAGGGACAACCGGACCCUCAGCUCGAGGAUCCGAGACCACUGGAUCAUCAGCUGGGAGCUCAGGACCAGCUGGACCAUCAUCUGAAGCGUCAGUGACAACUAGACCCUCAUCCGGAGUGACUGAGACACCUAGACCAUCACCUGGAGGGUCAGGAACAACUGGACCAACAGCUGGGCCAUUAGAGACAACAGGACCAGAGGCUGGAGCAUCAGGGACCACAGGACCAUCAGCUGAAGGAUCAGGAACCACUGCUCCACUUGUUGUAGGUUCCAGGACACCUGGAUCCUCACCUGGAAGAUCCGGAGCCACUGGGCCAACAGCUGGCGUCACGGGGGCAACAGGACCAGCAACUGCAGGACCAGGGACCACGGGACCAUCAGCUGAAGGAUCAGCGACAACUGGACCGUCGGUUGGAGGGUCCACCGUCAGCCAGCCCGGACCAUCAGCCAGAGUCCCAGGGUCCACUGGACCAUCUCCUGUAGGAUCAGGGACCACUGGACCACCUGUUUCAGGAUCGAGGGCAACUGGACCAUCAGUUGGAGAGUCAGCGACAAGUGGACCAGCAGCUCCAGGAUCGGGAACAAGUGGAACAUCAGCUGGACGAUUAGAGACAACAGGACCAGCAGCUGGAGGAUCAGGGACCACAGCACCAUCAGCUGAAGAACGAGGGACAAGUGGACAGUCAGCCAGAGUAUCAGGUUCCACGGGACCGUCUGUUCCAGGAUCAGGGACCACUGUCCCAUCGGUGGUGGGAUCAGGGACAACCGGACCAUCUGUUGCAGGGUCAGGGACAACUGGACCGUCAGAUCGAAGAUCAGGGACAACUGGAUCAUCAGGUGGAAGAUCAGGAGCAACUGGACCAUCAGCUGGAGACACAGGGGUUACAGGACCAGCAACUGGAGCAGCAGGGACCUCAAGGCCAUCGGCUGAAGCGUCAGCGACCUCUGGACCAGGCGCCAGGGUAACAGGGACCAGUGGAGCAUCUGUGGUAGGAUCAGAGACGACUGGACCAGCUGUUGUAGGGUCGGGGACAACUGGACCUUCAGUUGAAGGGUCAGGGACAACUGGGCUGUCAGCUGAGGGGUCGAAGCCAACUGGACCAUCAUCUGGCGUGACAGAGUCACCUGGAUCUUCACCUGGAGGGUCAGGAACAACUGGGCCAACAGCUGGAGUCACAGUGGCACCAGGACCAGCCACUGGAGGAUCAGGGACCACAGGGCCAUCAGCUGAAGCUUCAGGGACAACGGGACUGUCCACCGGGGGGUCAGGCUCUACUGGGCCUGCCGCUGGAGGAUCGGGGACGACUGGAACGUCAUCUGCAGCACCAGGGCCAAGUGCACCAUCCCCAGGAGUGUCAGGAACAACGGGACCGUCAGCUGAAGGAUCGGCGACACCCGGACCAUCAACCGGAGUACCAGGAACCGCUGGGCCAUCUGUUGUAGUGUCAGGGACAACUGGACCCUCAGCUGGAGGGUCAGGGACAACCGGACCAGCUGCUGGAGGGUCAGGGACAACCGGACCCUCAGCUCGAGGAUCCGAGACCACUGGAUCAUCAGCUGGGAGCUCAGGACCAGCUGGACCAUCAUCUGAAGCGUCAGUGACAACUAGACCCUCAUCCGGAGUGACUGAGACACCUAGACCAUCACCUGGAGGGUCAGGAACAACUGGACCAACAGCUGGGCCAUUAGAGACAACAGGACCAGAGGCUGGAGCAUCAGGGACCACAGGACCAUCAGCUGAAGGAUCAGGAACCACUGCUCCACUUGUUGUAGGUUCCAGGACACCUGGAUCCUCACCUGGAAGAUCCGGAGCCACUGGGCCAACAGCUGGCGUCACGGGGGCAACAGGACCAGCAACUGCAGGACCAGGGACCACGGGACCAUCAGCUGAAGGAUCAGCGACAACUGGACCGUCGGUUGGAGGGUCCACCGUCAGCCAGCCCGGACCAUCAGCCAGAGUCCCAGGGUCCACUGGACCAUCUCCUGUAGGAUCAGGGACCACUGGACCACCUGUUUCAGGAUCGAGGGCAACUGGACCAUCAGUUGGAGAGUCAGCGACAAGUGGACCAGCAGCUCCAGGAUCGGGAACAAGUGGAACAUCAGCUGGACGAUUAGAGACAACAGGACCAGCAGCUGGAGGAUCAGGGACCACAGCACCAUCAGCUGAAGAACGAGGGACAAGUGGACAGUCAGCCAGAGUAUCAGGUUCCACGGGACCGUCUGUUCCAGGAUCAGGGACCACUGUCCCAUCGGUGGUGGGAUCAGGGACAACCGGACCAUCUGUUGCAGGGUCAGGGACAACUGGACCGUCAGAUCGAAGAUCAGGGACAACUGGAUCAUCAGGUGGAAGAUCAGGAGCAACUGGACCAUCAGCUGGAGACACAGGGGCUACAGGACCAGCAACUGGAGCAGCAGGGACCUCAAGGCCAUCGGCUGAAGCGUCAGCGACCUCUGGACCAGGCGCCAGGGUAACAGGGACCAGUGGAGCAUCUGUGGUAGGAUCAGAGACGACUGGACCAGCUGUUGUAGGGUCGGGGACAACUGGACCUUCAGUUGAAGGGUCAGGGACAACUGGGCUGUCAGCUGAGGGGUCGAAGCCAACUGGACCAUCCUCUGGAGUGACAGAGUCACCUGGAUCUUCACCUGGAGGGUCAGGAACAACUGGGCCCACAGCUGGAGUCACAGUGGCACCAGGACCAGCCACUGGAGGAUCAGGGACCACAGGGCCAUCAGCUGAAGCUUCAGGGACAACGGGACUGUCCACCGGGGGGUCAGGCUCUACUGGGCCUGCCGCUGGAGGAUCGGGGACGACUGGAACGUCAUCUGCAGCACCAGGGCCAAGUGCACCAUCCCCAGGAGUGUCAGGAACAACGGGACCGUCAGCUGAAGGAUCGGCGACACCCGGACCAUCAACCGGAGUACCAGGAACCGCUGGGCCAUCUGUUGUAGUGUCAGGGACAACUGGACCCUCAGCUGGAGGGUCAGGGACAACCGGACCAGCUGCUGGAGGGUCAGGGACAACCGGACCCUCAGCUCGAGGAUCCGAGACCACUGGAUCAUCAGCUGGGAGCUCAGGACCAGCUGGACCAUCAUCUGAAGCGUCAGUGACAACUAGACCCUCAUCCGGAGUGACUGAGACACCUAGACCAUCACCUGGAGGGUCAGGAACAACUGGACCAACAGCUGGGCCAUUAGAGACAACAGGACCAGAGGCUGGAGCAUCAGGGACCACAGGACCAUCAGCUGAAGGAUCAGGAACCACUGCUCCACUUGUUGUAGGUUCCAGGACACCUGGAUCCUCACCUGGAAGAUCCGGAGCCACUGGGCCAACAGCUGGCGUCACGGGGGCAACAGGACCAGCAACUGCAGGACCAGGGACCAUGGGACCAUCAGCUGAAGGAUCAGCGACAACUGGACCGUCGGUUGGAGGGUCCACCGUCAGCCAGCCCGGACCAUCAGCCAGAGUCCCAGGGUCCACUGGACCAUCUCCUGUAGGAUCAGGGACCACUGGACCACCUGUUUCAGGAUCGAGGGCAACUGGACCAUCAGUUGGAGAGUCAGCGACAAGUGGACCAGCAGCUCCAGGAUCGGGAACAAGUGGAACAUCAGCUGGACGAUUAGAGACAACAGGACCAGCAGCUGGAGGAUCAGGGACCACAGCACCAUCAGCUGAAGAACGAGGGACAAGUGGACAGUCAGCCAGAGUAUCAGGUUCCACGGGACCGUCUGUUCCAGGAUCAGGGACCACUGUCCCAUCGGUGGUGGGAUCAGGGACAACCGGACCAUCUGUUGGAGGGUCAGGGACAACUGGACCGUCAGAUCGAAGAUCAGGGACAACUGGAUCAUCAGGUGGAAGAUCAGGAGCAACUGGACCAUCAGCUGUAGACACAGGGGCUACAGGACCAGCAACUGGAGCAGCAGGGACCUCAAGGCCAUCGGCUGAAGCGUCAGCGACCUCUGGACCAGGCGCCAGGGUAACAGGGACCAGUGGAGCAUCUGUGGUAGGAUCAGAGACGACUGGACCAGCUGUUGUAGGGUCGGGGACAACUGGACCUUCAGUUGAAGGGUCAGGGACAACUGGGCUGUCAGCUGAGGGGUCGAAGCCAACUGGACCAUCCUCUGGAGUGACAGAGUCACCUGGAUCUUCACCUGGAGGGUCAGGAACAACUGGGCCCACAGCUGGAGUCACAGUGGCACCAGGACCAGCCACUGGAGGAUCAGGGACCACAGGGCCAUCAGCUGAAGCUUCAGGGACAACGGGACUGUCCACCGGGGGGUCAGGCUCUACUGGGCCUGCCGCUGGAGGAUCGGGGACGACUGGAACGUCAUCUGCAGCACCAGGGCCAAGUGCACCAUCCCCAGGAGUGUCAGGAACAACGGGACCGUCAGCUGAAGGAUCGGCGACACCCGGACCAUCAACCGGAGUACCAGGAACCGCUGGGCCAUCUGUUGUAGUGUCAGGGACAACUGGACCCUCAGCUGGAGGGUCAGGGACAACCGGACCAGCUGCUGGAGGGUCAGGGACAACCGGACCCUCAGCUCGAGGAUCCGAGACCACUGGAUCAUCAGCUGGGAGCUCAGGACCAGCUGGACCAUCAUCUGAAGCGUCAGUGACAACUAGACCCUCAUCCGGAGUGACUGAGACACCUAGACCAUCACCUGGAGGGUCAGGAACAACUGGACCAACAGCUGGGCCAUUAGAGACAACAGGACCAGAGGCUGGAGCAUCAGGGACCACAGGACCAUCAGCUGAAGGAUCAGGAACCACUGCUCCACUUGUUGUAGGUUCCAGGACACCUGGAUCCUCACCUGGAAGAUCCGGAGCCACUGGGCCAACAGCUGGCGUCACGGGGGCAACAGGACCAGCAACUGCAGGACCAGGGACCACGGGACCAUCAGCUGAAGGAUCAGCGACAACUGGACCGUCGGUUGGAGGGUCCACCGUCAGCCAGCCCGGACCAUCAGCCAGAGUCCCAGGGUCCACUGGACCAUCUCCUGUAGGAUCAGGGACCACUGGACCACCUGUUUCAGGAUCGAGGGCAACUGGACCAUCAGUUGGAGAGUCAGCGACAAGUGGACCAGCAGCUCCAGGAUCGGGAACAAGUGGAACAUCAGCUGGACGAUUAGAGACAACAGGACCAGCAGCUGGAGGAUCAGGGACCACAGCACCAUCAGCUGAAGAACGAGGGACAAGUGGACAGUCAGCCAGAGUAUCAGGUUCCACGGGACCGUCUGUUCCAGGAUCAGGGACCACUGUCCCAUCGGUGGUGGGAUCAGGGACAACCGGACCAUCUGUUGCAGGGUCAGGGACAACUGGACCGUCAGAUCGAAGAUCAGGGACAACUGGAUCAUCAGGUGGAAGAUCAGGAGCAACUGGACCAUCAGCUGGAGACACAGGGGCUACAGGACCAGCAACUGGAGCAGCAGGGACCUCAAGGCCAUCGGCUGAAGCGUCAGCGACCUCUGGACCAGGCGCCAGGGUAACAGGGACCAGUGGAGCAUCUGUGGUAGGAUCAGAGACGACUGGACCAGCUGUUGUAGGGUCGGGGACAACUGGACCUUCAGUUGAAGGGUCAGGGACAACUGGGCUGUCAGCUGAGGGGUCGAAGCCAACUGGACCAUCAUCUGGCGUGACAGAGUCACCUGGAUCUUCACCUGGAGGGUCAGGAACAACUGGGCCAACAGCUGGAGUCACAGUGGCACCAGGACCAGCCACUGGAGGAUCAGGGACCACAGGGCCAUCAGCUGAAGCUUCAGGGACAACGGGACUGUCCACCGGGGGGUCAGGCUCUACUGGGCCUGCCGCUGGAGGAUCGGGGACGACUGGAACGUCAUCUGCAGCACCAGGGCCAAGUGCACCAUCCCCAGGAGUGUCAGGAACAACGGGACCGUCAGCUGAAGGAUCGGCGACACCCGGACCAUCAACCGGAGUACCAGGAACCGCUGGGCCAUCUGUUGUAGUGUCAGGGACAACUGGACCCUCAGCUGGAGGGUCAGGGACAACCGGACCAGCUGCUGGAGGGUCAGGGACAACCGGACCCUCAGCUCGAGGAUCCGAGACCACUGGAUCAUCAGCUGGGAGCUCAGGACCAGCUGGACCAUCAUCUGAAGCGUCAGUGACAACUAGACCCUCAUCCGGAGUGACUGAGACACCUAGACCAUCACCUGGAGGGUCAGGAACAACUGGACCAACAGCUGGGCCAUUAGAGACAACAGGACCAGAGGCUGGAGCAUCAGGGACCACAGGACCAUCAGCUGAAGGAUCAGGAACCACUGCUCCACUUGUUGUAGGUUCCAGGACACCUGGAUCCUCACCUGGAAGAUCCGGAGCCACUGGGCCAACAGCUGGCGUCACGGGGGCAACAGGACCAGCAACUGCAGGACCAGGGACCAUGGGACCAUCAGCUGAAGGAUCAGCGACAACUGGACCGUCGGUUGGAGGGUCCACCGUCAGCCAGCCCGGACCAUCAGCCAGAGUCCCAGGGUCCACUGGACCAUCUCCUGUAGGAUCAGGGACCACUGGACCACCUGUUUCAGGAUCGAGGGCAACUGGACCAUCAGUUGGAGAGUCAGCGACAAGUGGACCAGCAGCUCCAGGAUCGGGAACAAGUGGAACAUCAGCUGGACGAUUAGAGACAACAGGACCAGCAGCUGGAGGAUCAGGGACCACAGCACCAUCAGCUGAAGAACGAGGGACAAGUGGACAGUCAGCCAGAGUAUCAGGUUCCACGGGACCGUCUGUUCCAGGAUCAGGGACCACUGUCCCAUCGGUGGUGGGAUCAGGGACAACCGGACCAUCUGUUGGAGGGUCAGGGACAACUGGACCGUCAGAUCGAAGAUCAGGGACAACUGGAUCAUCAGGUGGAAGAUCAGGAGCAACUGGACCAUCAGCUGUAGACACAGGGGCUACAGGACCAGCAACUGGAGCAGCAGGGACCUCAAGGCCAUCGGCUGAAGCGUCAGCGACCUCUGGACCAGGCGCCAGGGUAACAGGGACCAGUGGAGCAUCUGUGGUAGGAUCAGAGACGACUGGACCAGCUGUUGUAGGGUCGGGGACAACUGGACCUUCAGUUGAAGGGUCAGGGACAACUGGGCUGUCAGCUGAGGGGUCGAAGCCAACUGGACCAUCCUCUGGAGUGACAGAGUCACCUGGAUCUUCACCUGGAGGGUCAGGAACAACUGGGCCCACAGCUGGAGUCACAGUGGCACCAGGACCAGCCACUGGAGGAUCAGGGACCACAGGGCCAUCAGCUGAAGCUUCAGGGACAACGGGACUGUCCACCGGGGGGUCAGGCUCUACUGGGCCUGCCGCUGGAGGAUCGGGGACGACUGGAACGUCAUCUGCAGCACCAGGGCCAAGUGCACCAUCCCCAGGAGUGUCAGGAACAACGGGACCGUCAGCUGAAGGAUCGGCGACACCCGGACCAUCAACCGGAGUACCAGGAACCGCUGGGCCAUCUGUUGUAGUGUCAGGGACAACUGGACCCUCAGCUGGAGGGUCAGGGACAACCGGACCAGCUGCUGGAGGGUCAGGGACAACCGGACCCUCAGCUCGAGGAUCCGAGACCACUGGAUCAUCAGCUGGGAGCUCAGGACCAGCUGGACCAUCAUCUGAAGCGUCAGUGACAACUAGACCCUCAUCCGGAGUGACAGGGACAACUGGGCUGUCAGCUGAGGGGUCGAAGCCAACUGGACCAUCAUCUGGCGUGACAGAGUCACCUGGAUCUUCACCUGGAGGGUCAGGAACAACUGGGCCAACAGCUGGAGUCACAGUGGCACCAGGACCAGCCACUGGAGGAUCAGGGACCACAGGGCCAUCAGCUGAAGCUUCAGGGACAACGGGACUGUCCACCGGGGGGUCAGGCUCUACUGGGCCUGCCGCUGGAGGAUCGGGGACGACUGGAACGUCAUCUGCAGCACCAGGGCCAAGUGCACCAUCCCCAGGAGUGUCAGGAACAACGGGACCGUCAGCUGAAGGAUCGGCGACACCCGGACCAUCAACCGGAGUACCAGGAACCGCUGGGCCAUCUGUUGUAGUGUCAGGGACAACUGGACCCUCAGCUGGAGGGUCAGGGACAACCGGACCAGCUGCUGGAGGGUCAGGGACAACCGGACCCUCAGCUCGAGGAUCCGAGACCACUGGAUCAUCAGCUGGGAGCUCAGGACCAGCUGGACCAUCAUCUGAAGCGUCAGUGACAACUAGACCCUCAUCCGGAGUGACUGAGACACCUAGACCAUCACCUGGAGGGUCAGGAACAACUGGACCAACAGCUGGGCCAUUAGAGACAACAGGACCAGAGGCUGGAGCAUCAGGGACCACAGGACCAUCAGCUGAAGGAUCAGGAACCACUGCUCCACUUGUUGUAGGUUCCAGGACACCUGGAUCCUCACCUGGAAGAUCCGGAGCCACUGGGCCAACAGCUGGCGUCACGGGGGCAACAGGACCAGCAACUGCAGGACCAGGGACCACGGGACCAUCAGCUGAAGGAUCAGCGACAACUGGACCGUCGGUUGGAGGGUCCACCGUCAGCCAGCCCGGACCAUCAGCCAGAGUCCCAGGGUCCACUGGACCAUCUCCUGUAGGAUCAGGGACCACUGGACCACCUGUUUCAGGAUCGAGGGCAACUGGACCAUCAGUUGGAGAGUCAGCGACAAGUGGACCAGCAGCUCCAGGAUCGGGAACAAGUGGAACAUCAGCUGGACGAUUAGAGACAACAGGACCAGCAGCUGGAGGAUCAGGGACCACAGCACCAUCAGCUGAAGAACGAGGGACAAGUGGACAGUCAGCCAGAGUAUCAGGUUCCACGGGACCGUCUGUUCCAGGAUCAGGGACCACUGUCCCAUCGGUGGUGGGAUCAGGGACAACCGGACCAUCUGUUGGAGGGUCAGGGACAACUGGACCGUCAGAUCGAAGAUCAGGGACAACUGGAUCAUCAGGUGGAAGAUCAGGAGCAACUGGACCAUCAGCUGUAGACACAGGGGCUACAGGACCAGCAACUGGAGCAGCAGGGACCUCAAGGCCAUCGGCUGAAGCGUCAGCGACCUCUGGACCAGGCGCCAGGGUAACAGGGACCAGUGGAGCAUCUGUGGUAGGAUCAGAGACGACUGGACCAGCUGUUGUAGGGUCGGGGACAACUGGACCUUCAGUUGAAGGGUCAGGGACAACUGGGCUGUCAGCUGAGGGGUCGAAGCCAACUGGACCAUCCUCUGGAGUGACAGAGUCACCUGGAUCUUCACCUGGAGGGUCAGGAACAACUGGGCCCACAGCUGGAGUCACAGUGGCACCAGGACCAGCCACUGGAGGAUCAGGGACCACAGGGCCAUCAGCUGAAGCUUCAGGGACAACGGGACUGUCCACCGGGGGGUCAGGCUCUACUGGGCCUGCCGCUGGAGGAUCGGGGACGACUGGAACGUCAUCUGCAGCACCAGGGCCAAGUGCACCAUCCCCAGGAGUGUCAGGAACAACGGGACCGUCAGCUGAAGGAUCGGCGACACCCGGACCAUCAACCGGAGUACCAGGAACCGCUGGGCCAUCUGUUGUAGUGUCAGGGACAACUGGACCCUCAGCUGGAGGGUCAGGGACAACCGGACCAGCUGCUGGAGGGUCAGGGACAACCGGACCCUCAGCUCGAGGAUCCGAGACCACUGGAUCAUCAGCUGGGAGCUCAGGACCAGCUGGACCAUCAUCUGAAGCGUCAGUGACAACUAGACCCUCAUCCGGAGUGACUGAGACACCUAGACCAUCACCUGGAGGGUCAGGAACAACUGGACCAACAGCUGGGCCAUUAGAGACAACAGGACCAGAGGCUGGAGCAUCAGGGACCACAGGACCAUCAGCUGAAGGAUCAGGAACCACUGCUCCACUUGUUGUAGGUUCCAGGACACCUGGAUCCUCACCUGGAAGAUCCGGAGCCACUGGGCCAACAGCUGGCGUCACGGGGGCAACAGGACCAGCAACUGCAGGACCAGGGACCACGGGACCAUCAGCUGAAGGAUCAGCGACAACUGGACCGUCGGUUGGAGGGUCCACCGUCAGCCAGCCCGGACCAUCAGCCAGAGUCCCAGGGUCCACUGGACCAUCUCCUGUAGGAUCAGGGACCACUGGACCACCUGUUUCAGGAUCGAGGGCAACUGGACCAUCAGUUGGAGAGUCAGCGACAAGUGGACCAGCAGCUCCAGGAUCGGGAACAAGUGGAACAUCAGCUGGACGAUUAGAGACAACAGGACCAGCAGCUGGAGGAUCAGGGACCACAGCACCAUCAGCUGAAGAACGAGGGACAAGUGGACAGUCAGCCAGAGUAUCAGGUUCCACGGGACCGUCUGUUCCAGGAUCAGGGACCACUGUCCCAUCGGUGGUGGGAUCAGGGACAACCGGACCAUCUGUUGGAGGGUCAGGGACAACUGGACCGUCAGAUCGAAGAUCAGGGACAACUGGAUCAUCAGGUGGAAGAUCAGGAGCAACUGGACCAUCAGCUGUAGACACAGGGGCUACAGGACCAGCAACUGGAGCAGCAGGGACCUCAAGGCCAUCGGCUGAAGCGUCAGCGACCUCUGGACCAGGCGCCAGGGUAACAGGGACCAGUGGAGCAUCUGUGGUAGGAUCAGAGACGACUGGACCAGCUGUUGUAGGGUCGGGGACAACUGGACCUUCAGUUGAAGGGUCAGGGACAACUGGGCUGUCAGCUGAGGGGUCGAAGCCAACUGGACCAUCCUCUGGAGUGACAGAGUCACCUGGAUCUUCACCUGGAGGGUCAGGAACAACUGGGCCAACAGCUGGAGUCACAGUGGCACCAGGACCAGCCACUGGAGGAUCAGGGACCACAGGGCCAUCAGCUGAAGCUUCAGGGACAACGGGACUGUCCACCGGGGGGUCAGGCUCUACUGGGCCUGCCGCUGGAGGAUCGGGGACGACUGGAACGUCAUCUGCAGCACCAGGGCCAAGUGCACCAUCCCCAGGAGUGUCAGGAACAACGGGACCGUCAGCUGAAGGAUCGGCGACACCCGGACCAUCAACCGGAGUACCAGGAACCGCUGGGCCAUCUGUUGUAGUGUCAGGGACAACUGGACCCUCAGCUGGAGGGUCAGGGACAACCGGACCAGCUGCUGGAGGGUCAGGGACAACCGGACCCUCAGCUCGAGGAUCCGAGACCACUGGAUCAUCAGCUGGGAGCUCAGGACCAGCUGGACCAUCAUCUGAAGCGUCAGUGACAACUAGACCCUCAUCCGGAGUGACUGAGACACCUAGACCAUCACCUGGAGGGUCAGGAACAACUGGACCAACAGCUGGGCGCCUAGAGACAACAGGACCAGAGGCUGGAGCAUCAGGGACCACAGGACCAUCAGCUGAAGGAUCAGGAACCACUGCUCCACUUGUUGUAGGUUCCAGGACACCUGGAUCCUCACCUGGAAGAUCCGGAGCCACUGGGCCAACAGCUGGCGUCACGGGGGCAACAGGACCAGCAACUGCAGGACCAGGGACCACGGGACCAUCAGCUGAAGGAUCAGCGACAACUGGACCGUCGGUUGGAGGGUCCACCGUCAGCCAGCCCGGACCAUCAGCCAGAGUCCCAGGGUCCACUGGACCAUCUCCUGUAGGAUCAGGGACCACUGGACCACCUGUUUCAGGAUCGAGGGCAACUGGACCAUCAGUUGGAGAGUCAGCGACAAGUGGACCAGCAGCUCCAGGAUCGGGAACAAGUGGAACAUCAGCUGGACGAUUAGAGACAACAGGACCAGCAGCUGGAGGAUCAGGGACCACAGCACCAUCAGCUGAAGAACGAGGGACAAGUGGACAGUCAGCCAGAGUAUCAGGUUCCACGGGACCGUCUGUUCCAGGAUCAGGGACCACUGUCCCAUCGGUGGUGGGAUCAGGGACAACCGGACCAUCUGUUGCAGGGUCAGGGACAACUGGACCGUCAGAUCGAAGAUCAGGGACAACUGGAUCAUCAGGUGGAAGAUCAGGAGCAACUGGACCAUCAGCUGUAGACACAGGGGCUACAGGACCAGCAACUGGAGCAGCAGGGACCUCAAGGCCAUCGGCUGAAGCGUCAGCGACCUCUGGACCAGGCGCCAGGGUAACAGGGACCAGUGGAGCAUCUGUGGUAGGAUCAGAGACGACUGGACCAGCUGUUGUAGGGUCGGGGACAACUGGACCUUCAGUUGAAGGGUCAGGGACAACUGGGCUGUCAGCUGAGGGGUCGAAGCCAACUGGACCAUCCUCUGGAGUGACAGAGUCACCUGGAUCUUCACCUGGAGGGUCAGGAACAACUGGGCCCACAGCUGGAGUCACAGUGGCACCAGGACCAGCCACUGGAGGAUCAGGGACCACAGGGCCAUCAGCUGAAGCUUCAGGGACAACGGGACUGUCCACCGGGGGGUCAGGCUCUACUGGGCCUGCCGCUGGAGGAUCGGGGACGACUGGAACGUCAUCUGCAGCACCAGGGCCAAGUGCACCAUCCCCAGGAGUGUCAGGAACAACGGGACCGUCAGCUGAAGGAUCGGCGACACCCGGACCAUCAACCGGAGUACCAGGAACCGCUGGGCCAUCUGUUGUAGUGUCAGGGACAACUGGACCCUCAGCUGGAGGGUCAGGGACAACCGGACCAGCUGCUGGAGGGUCAGGGACAACCGGACCCUCAGCUCGAGGAUCCGAGACCACUGGAUCAUCAGCUGGGAGCUCAGGACCAGCUGGACCAUCAUCUGAAGCGUCAGUGACAACUAGACCCUCAUCCGGAGUGACUGAGACACCUAGACCAUCACCUGGAGGGUCAGGAACAACUGGAUCAACAGCUGGGCGCCUAGAGACAACAGGACCAGAGGCUGGAGCAUCAGGGACCACAGGACCAUCAGCUGAAGGAUCAGGAACCACUGCUCCACUUGUUGUAGGUUCCAGGACACCUGGAUCCUCACCUGGAAGAUCCGGAGCCACUGGGCCAACAGCUGGCGUCACGGGGGCAACAGGACCAGCAACUGCAGGACCAGGGACCACGGGACCAUCAGCUGAAGGAUCAGCGACAACUGGACCGUCGGUUGGAGGGUCCACCGUCAGCCAGCCCGGACCAUCAGCCAGAGUCCCAGGGUCCACUGGACCAUCUCCUGUAGGAUCAGGGACCACUGGACCACCUGUUUCAGGAUCGAGGGCAACUGGACCAUCAGUUGGAGAGUCAGCGACAAGUGGACCAGCAGCUCCAGGAUCGGGAACAAGUGGAACAUCAGCUGGACGAUUAGAGACAACAGGACCAGCAGCUGGAGGAUCAGGGACCACAGCACCAUCAGCUGAAGAACGAGGGACAAGUGGACAGUCAGCCAGAGUAUCAGGUUCCACGGGACCGUCUGUUCCAGGAUCAGGGACCACUGUCCCAUCGGUGGUGGGAUCAGGGACAACCGGACCAUCUGUUGGAGGGUCAGGGACAACUGGACCGUCAGAUCGAAGAUCAGGGACAACUGGAUCAUCAGGUGGAAGAUCAGGAGCAACUGGACCAUCAGCUGGAGACACAGGGGCUACAGGACCAGCAACUGGAGCAGCAGGGACCUCAAGGCCAUCGGCUGAAGCGUCAGCGACCUCUGGACCAGGCGCCAGGGUAACAGGGACCAGUGGAGCAUCUGUGGUAGGAUCAGAGACGACUGGACCAGCUGUUGUAGGGUCGGGGACAACUGGACCUUCAGUUGAAGGGUCAGGGACAACUGGGCUGUCAGCUGAGGGGUCGAAGCCAACUGGACCAUCCUCUGGAGUGACAGAGUCACCUGGAUCUUCACCUGGAGGGUCAGGAACAACUGGGCCCACAGCUGGAGUCACAGUGGCACCAGGACCAGCCACUGGAGGAUCAGGGACCACAGGGCCAUCAGCUGAAGCUUCAGGGACAACGGGACUGUCCACCGGGGGGUCAGGCUCUACUGGGCCUGCCGCUGGAGGAUCGGGGACGACUGGAACGUCAUCUGCAGCACCAGGGCCAAGUGCACCAUCCCCAGGAGUGUCAGGAACAACGGGACCGUCAGCUGAAGGAUCGGCGACACCCGGACCAUCAACCGGAGUACCAGGAACCGCUGGGCCAUCUGUUGUAGUGUCAGGGACAACUGGACCCUCAGCUGGAGGGUCAGGGACAACCGGACCAGCUGCUGGAGGGUCAGGGACAACCGGACCCUCAGCUCGAGGAUCCGAGACCACUGGAUCAUCAGCUGGGAGCUCAGGACCAGCUGGACCAUCAUCUGAAGCGUCAGUGACAACUAGACCCUCAUCCAGAGUGACUGAGACACCUAGACCAUCACCUGGAGGGUCAGGAACAACUGGACCAACAGCUGGGCGCCUAGAGACAACAGGACCAGAGGCUGGAGCAUCAGGGACCACAGGACCAUCAGCUGAAGGAUCAGGAACCACUGCUCCACUUGUUGUAGGUUCCAGGACACCUGGAUCCUCACCUGGAAGAUCCGGAGCCACUGGGCCAACAGCUGGCGUCACGGGGGCAACAGGACCAGCAACUGCAGGACCAGGGACCACGGGACCAUCAGCUGAAGGAUCAGCGACAACUGGACCGUCGGUUGGAGGGUCCACCGUCAGCCAGCCCGGACCAUCAGCCAGAGUCCCAGGGUCCACUGGACCAUCUCCUGUAGGAUCAGGGACCACUGGACCACCUGUUUCAGGAUCGAGGGCAACUGGACCAUCAGUUGGAGAGUCAGCGACAAGUGGACCAGCAGCUCCAGGAUCGGGAACAAGUGGAACAUCAGCUGGACGAUUAGAGACAACAGGACCAGCAGCUGGAGGAUCAGGGACCACAGCACCAUCAGCUGAAGAACGAGGGACAAGUGGACAGUCAGCCAGAGUAUCAGGUUCCACGGGACCGUCUGUUCCAGGAUCAGGGACCACUGUCCCAUCGGUGGUGGGAUCAGGGACAACCGGACCAUCUGUUGGAGGGUCAGGGACAACUGGACCGUCAGAUCGAAGAUCAGGGACAACUGGAUCAUCAGGUGGAAGAUCAGGAGCAACUGGACCAUCAGCUGUAGACACAGGGGCUACAGGACCAGCAACUGGAGCAGCAGGGACCUCAAGGCCAUCGGCUGAAGCGUCAGCGACCUCUGGACCAGGCGCCAGGGUAACAGGGACCAGUGGAGCAUCUGUGGUAGGAUCAGAGACGACUGGACCAGCUGUUGUAGGGUCGGGGACAACUGGACCUUCAGUUGAAGGGUCAGGGACAACUGGGCUGUCAGCUGAGGGGUCGAAGCCAACUGGACCAUCCUCUGGAGUGACAGAGUCACCUGGAUCUUCACCUGGAGGGUCAGGAACAACUGGGCCCACAGCUGGAGUCACAGUGGCACCAGGACCAGCCACUGGAGGAUCAGGGACCACAGGGCCAUCAGCUGAAGCUUCAGGGACAACGGGACUGUCCACCGGGGGGUCAGGCUCUACUGGGCCUGCCGCUGGAGGAUCGGGGACGACUGGAACGUCAUCUGCAGCACCAGGGCCAAGUGCACCAUCCCCAGGAGUGUCAGGAACAACGGGACCGUCAGCUGAAGGAUCGGCGACACCCGGACCAUCAACCGGAGUACCAGGAACCGCUGGGCCAUCUGUUGUAGUGUCAGGGACAACUGGACCCUCAGCUGGAGGGUCAGGGACAACCGGACCAGCUGCUGGAGGGUCAGGGACAACCGGACCCUCAGCUCGAGGAUCCGAGACCACUGGAUCAUCAGCUGGGAGCUCAGGACCAGCUGGACCAUCAUCUGAAGCGUCAGUGACAACUAGACCCUCAUCCGGAGUGACUGAGACACCUAGACCAUCACCUGGAGGGUCAGGAACAACUGGACCAACAGCUGGGCCAUUAGAGACAACAGGACCAGAGGCUGGAGCAUCAGGGACCACAGGACCAUCAGCUGAAGGAUCAGGAACCACUGCUCCACUUGUUGUAGGUUCCAGGACACCUGGAUCCUCACCUGGAAGAUCCGGAGCCACUGGGCCAACAGCUGGCGUCACGGGGGCAACAGGACCAGCAACUGCAGGACCAGGGACCACGGGACCAUCAGCUGAAGGAUCAGCGACAACUGGACCGUCGGUUGGAGGGUCCACCGUCAGCCAGCCCGGACCAUCAGCCAGAGUCCCAGGGUCCACUGGACCAUCUCCUGUAGGAUCAGGGACCACUGGACCACCUGUUUCAGGAUCGAGGGCAACUGGACCAUCAGUUGGAGAGUCAGCGACAAGUGGACCAGCAGCUCCAGGAUCGGGAACAAGUGGAACAUCAGCUGGACGAUUAGAGACAACAGGACCAGCAGCUGGAGGAUCAGGGACCACAGCACCAUCAGCUGAAGAACGAGGGACAAGUGGACAGUCAGCCAGAGUAUCAGGUUCCACGGGACCGUCUGUUCCAGGAUCAGGGACCACUGUCCCAUCGGUGGUGGGAUCAGGGACAACCGGACCAUCUGUUGGAGGGUCAGGGACAACUGGACCAUCAGAUCGAAGAUCAGGGACAACUGGAUCAUCAGGUGGAAGAUCAGGAGCAACUGGACCAUCAGCUGGAGACACAGGGGCUACAGGACCAGCAACUGGAGCAGCAGGGACCUCAAGGCCAUCGGCUGAAGCGUCAGCGACCUCUGGACCAGGCGCCAGGGUAACAGGGACCAGUGGAGCAUCUGUGGUAGGAUCAGAGAUGACUGGACCAGCUGUUGUAGGGUCGGGGACAACUGGACCUUCAGUUGAAGGGUCAGGGACAACUGGGCUGUCAGCUGAGGGGUCGAAGCCAACUGGACCAUCCUCUGGAGUGACAGAGUCACCUGGAUCUUCACCUGGAGGGUCAGGAACAACUGGGCCCACAGCUGGAGUCACAGUGGCACCAGGACCAGCCACUGGAGGAUCAGGGACCACAGGGCCAUCAGCUGAAGCUUCAGGGACAACGGGACUGUCCACCGGGGGGUCAGGCUCUACUGGGCCUGCCGCUGGAGGAUCGGGGACGACUGGAACGUCAUCUGCAGCACCAGGACCAAGUGCACCAUCCCCAGGAGUGUCAGGAACAACGGGACCGUCAGCUGAAGGAUCGGCGACACCCGGACCAUCAACCGGAGUACCAGGAACCGCUGGGCCAUCUGUUGUAGUGUCAGGGACAACUGGACCCUCAGCUGGAGGGUCAGGGACAACCGGACCAGCUGCUGGAGGGUCAGGGACAACCGGACCCUCAGCUCGAGGAUCCGAGACCACUGGAUCAUCAGCUGGGAGCUCAGGACCAGCUGGACCAUCAUCUGAAGCGUCAGUGACAACUAGACCCUCAUCCGGAGUGACUGAGACACCUAGACCAUCACCUGGAGGGUCAGGAACAACUGGACCAACAGCUGGGCGCCUAGAGACAACAGGACCAGAGGCUGGAGCAUCAGGGACCACAGGACCAUCAGCUGAAGGAUCAGGAACCACUGCUCCACUUGUUGUAGGUUCCAGGACACCUGGAUCCUCACCUGGAAGAUCCGGAGCCACUGGGCCAACAGCUGGCGUCACGGGGGCAACAGGACCAGCAACUGCAGGACCAGGGACCACGGGACCAUCAGCUGAAGGAUCAGCGACAACUGGACCGUCGGUUGGAGGGUCCACCGUCAGCCAGCCCGGACCAUCAGCCAGAGUCCCAGGGUCCACUGGACCAUCUCCUGUAGGAUCAGGGACCACUGGACCACCUGUUUCAGGAUCGAGGGCAACUGGACCAUCAGUUGGAGAGUCAGCGACAAGUGGACCAGCAGCUCCAGGAUCGGGAACAAGUGGAACAUCAGCUGGACGAUUAGAGACAACAGGACCAGCAGCUGGAGGAUCAGGGACCACAGCACCAUCAGCUGAAGAACGAGGGACAAGUGGACAGUCAGCCAGAGUAUCAGGUUCCACGGGACCGUCUGUUCCAGGAUCAGGGACCACUGUCCCAUCGGUGGUGGGAUCAGGGACAACCGGACCAUCUGUUGGAGGGUCAGGGACAACUGGACCGUCAGAUCGAAGAUCAGGGACAACUGGAUCAUCAGGUGGAAGAUCAGGAGCAACUGGACCAUCAGCUGGAGACACAGGGGCUACAGGACCAGCAACUGGAGCAGCAGGGACCUCAAGGCCAUCGGCUGAAGCGUCAGCGACCUCUGGACCAGGCGCCAGGGUAACAGGGACCAGUGGAGCAUCUGUGGUAGGAUCAGAGACGACUGGACCAGCUGUUGUAGGGUCGGGGACAACUGGACCUUCAGUUGAAGGGUCAGGGACAACUGGGCUGUCAGCUGAGGGGUCGAAGCCAACUGGACCAUCCUCUGGAGUGACAGAGUCACCUGGAUCUUCACCUGGAGGGUCAGGAACAACUGGGCCCACAGCUGGAGUCACAGUGGCACCAGGACCAGCCACUGGAGGAUCAGGGACCACAGGGCCAUCAGCUGAAGCUUCAGGGACAACGGGACUGUCCACCGGGGGGUCAGGCUCUACUGGGCCUGCCGCUGGAGGAUCGGGGACGACUGGAACGUCAUCUGCAGCACCAGGGCCAAGUGCACCAUCCCCAGGAGUGUCAGGAACAACGGGACCGUCAGCUGAAGGAUCGGCGACACCCGGACCAUCAACCGGAGUACCAGGAACCGCUGGGCCAUCUGUUGUAGUGUCAGGGACAACUGGACCCUCAGCUGGAGGGUCAGGGACAACCGGACCAGCUGCUGGAGGGUCAGGGACAACCGGACCCUCAGCUCGAGGAUCCGAGACCACUGGAUCAUCAGCUGGGAGCUCAGGACCAGCUGGACCAUCAUCUGAAGCGUCAGUGACAACUAGACCCUCAUCCGGAGUGACUGAGACACCUAGACCAUCACCUGGAGGGUCAGGAACAACUGGACCAACAGCUGGGCGCCUAGAGACAACAGGACCAGAGGCUGGAGCAUCAGGGACCACAGGACCAUCAGCUGAAGGAUCAGGAACCACUGCUCCACUUGUUGUAGGUUCCAGGACACCUGGAUCCUCACCUGGAAGAUCCGGAGCCACUGGGCCAACAGCUGGCGUCACGGGGGCAACAGGACCAGCAACUGCAGGACCAGGGACCACGGGACCAUCAGCUGAAGGAUCAGCGACAACUGGACCGUCGGUUGGAGGGUCCACCGUCAGCCAGCCCGGACCAUCAGCCAGAGUCCCAGGGUCCACUGGACCAUCUCCUGUAGGAUCAGGGACCACUGGACCACCUGUUUCAGGAUCGAGGGCAACUGGACCAUCAGUUGGAGAGUCAGCGACAAGUGGACCAGCAGCUCCAGGAUCGGGAACAAGUGGAACAUCAGCUGGACGAUUAGAGACAACAGGACCAGCAGCUGGAGGAUCAGGGACCACAGCACCAUCAGCUGAAGAACGAGGGACAAGUGGACAGUCAGCCAGAGUAUCAGGUUCCACGGAACCGUCUGUUCCAGGAUCAGGGACCACUGUCCCAUCGGUGGUGGGAUCAGGGACAACCGGACCAUCUGUUGGAGGGUCAGGGACAACUGGACCGUCAGAUCGAAGAUCAGGGACAACUGGAUCAUCAGGUGGAAGAUCAGGAGCAACUGGACCAUCAGCUGGAGACACAGGGGCUACAGGACCAGCAACUGGAGCAGCAGGGACCUCAAGGCCAUCGGCUGAAGCGUCAGCGACCUCUGGACCAGGCGCCAGGGUAACAGGGACCAGUGGAGCAUCUGUGGUAGGAUCAGAGACGACUGGACCAGCUGUUGUAGGGUCGGGGACAACUGGACCUUCAGUUGAAGGGUCAGGGACAACUGGGCUGUCAGCUGAGGGGUCGAAGCCAACUGGACCAUCCUCUGGAGUGACAGAGUCACCUGGAUCUUCACCUGGAGGGUCAGGAACAACUGGGCCCACAGCUGGAGUCACAGUGGCACCAGGACCAGCCACUGGAGGAUCAGGGACCACAGGGCCAUCAGCUGAAGCUUCAGGGACAACGGGACUGUCCACCGGGGGGUCAGGCUCUACUGGGCCUGCCGCUGGAGGAUCGGGGACGACUGGAACGUCAUCUGCAGCACCAGGGCCAAGUGCACCAUCCCCAGGAGUGUCAGGAACAACGGGACCGUCAGCUGAAGGAUCGGCGACACCCGGACCAUCAACCGGAGUACCAGGAACCGCUGGGCCAUCUAUUGUAGUGUCAGGGACAACUGGACCCUCAGCUGGAGGGUCAGGGACAACCGGACCAGCUGCUGGAGGGUCAGGGACAACCGGACCCUCAGCUCGAGGAUCCGAGACCACUGGAUCAUCAGCUGGGAGCUCAGGACCAGCUGGACCAUCAUCUGAAGCGUCAGUGACAACUAGACCCUCAUCCGGAGUGACUGAGACACCUAGACCAUCACCUGGAGGGUCAGGAACAACUGGACCAACAGCUGGGCGCCUAGAGACAACAGGACCAGAGGCUGGAGCAUCAGGGACCACAGGACCAUCAGCUGAAGGAUCAGGAACCACUGCUCCACUUGUUGUAGGUUCCAGGACACCUGGAUCCUCACCUGGAAGAUCCGGAGCCACUGGGCCAACAGCUGGCGUCACGGGGGCAACAGGACCAGCAACUGCAGGACCAGGGACCACGGGACCAUCAGCUGAAGGAUCAGCGACAACUGGACCGUCGGUUGGAGGGUCCACCGUCAGCCAGCCCGGACCAUCAGCCAGAGUCCCAGGGUCCACUGGACCAUCUCCUGUAGGAUCAGGGACCACUGGACCACCUGUUUCAGGAUCGAGGGCAACUGGACCAUCAGUUGGAGAGUCAGCGACAAGUGGACCAGCAGCUCCAGGAUCGGGAACAAGUGGAACAUCAGCUGGACGAUUAGAGACAACAGGACCAGCAGCUGGAGGAUCAGGGACCACAGCACCAUCAGCUGAAGAACGAGGGACAAGUGGACAGUCAGCCAGAGUAUCAGGUUCCACGGGACCGUCUGUUCCAGGAUCAGGGACCACUGUCCCAUCGGUGGUGGGAUCAGGGACAACCGGACCAUCUGUUGCAGGGUCAGGGACAACUGGACCGUCAGAUCGAAGAUCAGGGACAACUGGAUCAUCAGGUGGAAGAUCAGGAGCAACUGGACCAUCAGCUGGAGACACAGGGGCUACAGGACCAGCAACUGGAGCAGCAGGGACCUCAAGGCCAUCGGCUGAAGCGUCAGCGACCUCUGGACCAGGCGCCAGGGUAACAGGGACCAGUGGAGCAUCUGUGGUAGGAUCAGAGAUGACUGGACCAGCUGUUGUAGGGUCGGGGACAACUGGACCUUCAGUUGAAGGGUCAGGGACAACUGGGCUGUCAGCUGAGGGGUCGAAGCCAACUGGACCAUCCUCUGGAGUGACAGAGUCACCUGGAUCUUCACCUGGAGGGUCAGGAACAACUGGGCCCACAGCUGGAGUCACAGUGGCACCAGGACCAGCCACUGGAGGAUCAGGGACCACAGGGCCAUCAGCUGAAGCUUCAGGGACAACGGGACUGUCCACCGGGGGGUCAGGCUCUACUGGGCCUGCCGCUGGAGGAUCGGGGACGACUGGAACGUCAUCUGCAGCACCAGGGCCAAGUGCACCAUCCCCAGGAGUGUCAGGAACAACGGGACCGUCAGCUGAAGGAUCGGCGACACCCGGACCAUCAACCGGAGUACCAGGAACCGCUGGGCCAUCUGUUGUAGUGUCAGGGACAACUGGACCCUCAGCUGGAGGGUCAGGGACAACCGGACCAGCUGCUGGAGGGUCAGGGACAACCGGACCCUCAGCUCGAGGAUCCGAGACCACUGGAUCAUCAGCUGGGAGCUCAGGACCAGCUGGACCAUCAUCUGAAGCGUCAGUGACAACUAGACCCUCAUCCGGAGUGACUGAGACACCUAGACCAUCACCUGGAGGGUCAGGAACAACUGGACCAACAGCUGGGCGCCUAGAGACAACAGGACCAGAGGCUGGAGCAUCAGGGACCACAGGACCAUCAGCUGAAGGAUCAGGAACCACUGCUCCACUUGUUGUAGGUUCCAGGACACCUGGAUCCUCACCUGGAAGAUCCGGAGCCACUGGGCCAACAGCUGGCGUCACGGGGGCAACAGGACCAGCAACUGCAGGACCAGGGACCACGGGACCAUCAGCUGAAGGAUCAGCGACAACUGGACCGUCGGUUGGAGGGUCCACCGUCAGCCAGCCCGGACCAUCAGCCAGAGUCCCAGGGUCCACUGGACCAUCUCCUGUAGGAUCAGGGACCACUGGACCACCUGUUUCAGGAUCGAGGGCAACUGGACCAUCAGUUGGAGAGUCAGCGACAAGUGGACCAGCAGCUCCAGGAUCGGGAACAAGUGGAACAUCAGCUGGACGAUUAGAGACAACAGGACCAGCAGCUGGAGGAUCAGGGACCACAGCACCAUCAGCUGAAGAACGAGGGACAAGUGGACAGUCAGCCAGAGUAUCAGGUUCCACGGGACCGUCUGUUCCAGGAUCAGGGACCACUGUCCCAUCGGUGGUGGGAUCAGGGACAACCGGACCAUCUGUUGGAGGGUCAGGGACAACUGGACCGUCAGAUCGAAGAUCAGGGACAACUGGAUCAUCAGGUGGAAGAUCAGGAGCAACUGGACCAUCAGCUGGAGGCACAGGGGCUACAGGACCAGCAACUGGAGCAGCAGGGACCUCAAGGCCAUCGGCUGAAGCGUCAGCGACCUCUGGACCAGGCGCCAGGGUAACAGGGACCAGUGGAGCAUCUGUGGUAGGAUCAGAGACGACUGGACCAGCUGUUGUAGGGUCGGGGACAACUGGACCUUCAGUUGAAGGGUCAGGGACAACUGGGCUGUCAGCUGAGGGGUCGAAGCCAACUGGACCAUCCUCUGGAGUGACAGAGUCACCUGGAUCUUCACCUGGAGGGUCAGGAACAACUGGGCCCACAGCUGGAGUCACAGUGGCACCAGGACCAGCCACUGGAGGAUCAGGGACCACAGGGCCAUCAGCUGAAGCUUCAGGGACAACGGGACUGUCCACCUGGGGGUCAGGCUCUACUGGGCCUGCCGCUGGAGGAUCAGGGACAACUGAAACAUCAUCUCCAGCACCAGGGCCAAGUGCACCAUCCCCAGGAGUGUCAGGAACAACGGGACCGUCAGCUGAAGGAUCAGCGACACCCGGACCAUCAACCGGAGUACCAGGAACCGCUGGGCCAUCUGUUGUAGUGUCAGGGACAACCGGACCCUCAGCUGGAGGGUCAGGGACAACCGGACCCUCAGCUCGAGGAUCCGAGACCACUGGAUCAUCAGCUGGGAGCUCAGGACCAGCUGGACCAUCAUCUGAAGCGUCAGUGACAACUAGACCCUCAUCCGGAGUGACUGAGACACCUAGACCAUCACCUGGAGGGUCAGAAACAACUGGACCAACAGCUGGGCCAUUAGAGACAACAGGACCAGAGGCUGGAGCAUCAGGGACCACAGGACCAUCAGCUGAAGGAUCAGGAACCACUGCUCCACUUGUUGUAGGUUCCAGGACACCUGGAUCCUCACCUGGAAGAUCCGGAGCCACUGGGCCAACAGCUGGCGUCACGGGGGCAACAGGACCAGCAACUGCAGGACCAGGGACCACGGGACCAUCAGCUGAAGGAUCAGCGACAACUGGACCGUCGGUUGGAGGGACCACCGUCAGCCAGACCGGACCAUCAGCCAGAGUCCCUGGGUCCACUGGACCAUCUCCUGUAGGAUCAGGGACCACUGGACCACCUGUUUCAGGAUCGAGGGCAACUGGACCAUCAGUUGGAGAGUCAGCGACAAGUGGGCCAGCAGCUCCAGGAUCGGGAACAAGUGGAACAUCAGCUGGACGAUUAGAGACAACAGGACCAGCAGCUAGAGGAUCAGGGACCACAGCACCAUCAGCUCAAGAACGAGGGACAAGUGGACAGUCAGCCAGAGUAUCAGGUUCCACGGGACCGUCUGUUCCAGGAUCAGGGACCACUGUCCCAUCGGUGGUGGGAUCAGGGACAACCGGACCAUCUGUUGGAGGGUCAGGGUCAACUGGACCGUCAGAUCGAAGAUCAGGGACAACUGGAUCAUCAGGUGGAAGAUCAGGAGCAACUGGACCAUCAGCUGGAGACACAGGGGCUACAGGACCAGCAACUGGAGCAGCAGGGACCUCAAGGCCAUCGGCUGAAGCGUCAGCGACCUCUGGACCAGGCGCCAGGGUAACAGGGACCAGUGGAGCAUCUGCGGUAGGAUCAGAGACGACUGGACCAGCUGUUGUAGGGUCGGGGACAACUGGACCUUCAGUUGAAGGGUCAGGGACAACUGGGCUGUCAGCUGAGGGGUCGAAGCCAACUGGACCAUCAUCUGGAGUGACAGAGUCACCUGGAUCUUCACCUGGAGGGUCAGGAACAACUGGGCCAACAGCUGGAGUCACAGUGGCACCAGGACCAGCCACUGGAGGAUCAGGGACCACAGGGCCAUCAGCUGAAGCUUCAGGGACAACGGGACUGUCCACCGGGGGGUCAGGCUCUACUGGGCCUGCCGCUGGAGGAUCGGGGACGACUGGAACGUCAUCUGCAGCACCAGGGCCAAGUGCACCAUCCCCAGGAGUGUCAGGAACAACGGGACCGUCAGCUGAAGGAUCGGCGACACCCGGACCAUCAACCGGAGUACCAGGAACCGCUGGGCCAUCUGUUGUAGUGUCAGGGACAACUGGACCCUCAGCUGGAGGGUCAGGGACAACCGGACCAGCUGCUGGAGGGUCAGGGACAACCGGACCCUCAGCUCGAGGAUCCGAGACCACUGGAUCAUCAGCUGGGAGCUCAGGACCAGCUGGACCAUCAUCUGAAGCGUCAGUGACAACUAGACCCUCAUCCGGAGUGACUGAGACACCUAGACCAUCACCUGGAGGGUCAGGAACAACUGGACCAACAGCUGGGCCAUUAGAGACAACAGGACCAGAGGCUGGAGCAUCAGGGACCACAGGACCAUCAGCUGAAGGAUCAGGAACCACUGCUCCACUUGUUGUAGGUUCCAGGACACCUGGAUCCUCACCUGGAAGAUCCGGAGCCACUGGGCCAACAGCUGGCGUCACGGGGGCAACAGGACCAGCAACUGCAGGACCAGGGACCACGGGACCAUCAGCUGAAGUAUCAGCGACAACUGGACCGUCGGUUGGAGGGUCCACCGUCAGCCAGCCCGGACCAUCAGCCAGAGUCCCAGGGUCCACUGGACCAUCUCCUGUAGGAUCAGGGACCACUGGACCACCUGUUUCAGGAUCGAGGGCAACUGGACCAUCAGUUAGAGAGUCAGCGACAAGUGGACCAGCAGCUCCAGGAUCGGGAACAAGUGGAACAUCAGCUGGACGAUUAGAGACAACAGGACCAGCAGCUGGAGGAUCAGUGACCACAGCACCAUCAGCUCAAGAACGAGGGACAAGUGGACAGUCAGCCAGAGUAUCAGGUUCCACGGGACCGUCUGUUCCAGGAUCAGGGACCACUGUCCCAUCGGUGGUGGGAUCAGGGACUACCGGACCAUCUGUUGGAGGGUCAGGGACAACUGGACCGUCAGAUCGAAGAUCAGGGACAACUGGAUCAUCAAGUGGUAUCUCAGAAGUAACGAGACCAUCAGCUGCCGUUUCAGGCACAAGUGGACCAUCACCUGGAGUAUCAGGUACCACUGAAUCAUAUAUUGUAGCUUCAUGGUCUAUUGCACCAUCGUCUGUAUCUUCAGGUACAACUGGACCCUCAACUCAUGGAUUGGGGACAAUUCAAUCAUCAUCUGAAGGAUCAGGAACAACUGCAUUGUCACGUGGGAUAACCACUGGGGCAGGAAGAACAACUGAGGUGCCAGAACGUGAGGUUACCAGUGCUGAAGGUACAACUGGAUGGUCAGUGGGAGCUACCACAGGUGCAGGCUGGGGAAGCACAGCUGGAGCUUCAGCUUCGGGCCUCACCACUGCUGAGAACCAAGCAGGCACAACUGAAGAACAAUAUGGAGAAACCACUGAAACAAGUGAAAACACGACUAGAUUAAUCACACCUGGAAAAUCAGGUUCCACAGAAGCCAUCCCUGGCUCAACAAUUGCAGCAGGAAAUUUCACUACUGAGCCCCAGAAAAAGCCUGAAGUAACAGGCACCACUGGAGUAGUCCCCAGCACAACUGUUGCCCCUGGCAGUUCCAACACAGACGCCACAACUUUCCUAGGAGGAAGUGAAACAACCAGAGUUGAAAUAGCCACAGGUACUACUGGUAUAGUCUCUGGAAAAACUCUGGAGCCUGGAAAUUAUAACACAGAGGCCACAAUUUCCACUGGAGGAAGUGGGACCACCCAAGUGGAACUUCUAAGAGGUACCACUGUGAUUUCCCCUAGAGCCAGUAGCAGUUCACCGAGUUCCAAGCCAGGCACCUCUGUCGCACCAGGGAGCUCAGGGUCUGGAAGUGAAUCAGGUACUACAGGAGAAUUCUCUAGGACAACCAUUAUCUUUGGGAGUUCCUACACAGAGGCCACAACUUUAACCAAAGGCAGUGGCACUCCUGGAACUGGAUCCAGACCCGGCACCACUGCAGUACCAGGAGGCCAAGCAACUGGGAGUGUGACAGGCACCGCUGGGGUAACCCCCAGUACGACUGUUGCCCCUAGCAGUUCCAACACAGAGGCCACAACUUCUGUAGGAGAAAGUGGAACAAGAAGAAUUGGAAUAACCACAGGCACAACCAAGGGCAUCUCUGGCAAAGCUCUGAAACCUGGGAGUGCCAACACAGAAGCCACAACUUCCACAAGAGGCAGCAGGACCACCCAAGGAGGAUUGCCAGGAGGUACCACUGGCGAAUUCUAUGCAACAACCAUUUCAUCUGGCAGUUCCAGUGCGAAGGCCACAACUUCCACAAAAGAGACUGGAACUGGAGCCCAAACAGAAGCCCAGACCACUGUACUGGGGAGCCAGGUCUCUGGCAGUCAAACAGGUACCAGUGGAGUAGUCUCUGGCGCAACUAUUGCACCUGGGAGUUCCAGCACUGGAACUACCUCUGGAGCAUCAGACCAUCGAGUCACUGGAAGUAAAACAGGUACCGCUGGUGUAGUUUCAAGUACAACUGUUGCGCCUGGAAGUUCCAGUACAGGAGCUACCACUGCAGUAUCAGUAAAUGAAGGAGCUGGGAGCACGUUAGGUACCACUAGGGUAGCUUUUGGCCCUACACUUGAACCUGAGACUUCAAGCACAGUAGCUACAGUGCUCUCUGGAGCCAGUAGAACCACAGGAAGGAAUACAGGAACUACUAGGGUGGCCCCUGGCAGUACCAUCUCACCUGGAAGUUCCAACACAGGAGCCACCACAGGCCCAUCUGGAAGGCCAAGCUCUGGAAGUGAAACAGGCAGCACUGGUGUAGUCUCUGGCACAACAGUUGCAUCUGGAAGUUUCAACACAGGGGCCACAACUUCUUUGGAAAGUGGUGGAACCACUAAGGGUGGAAUUAAAAUAGUUACCGCUGGAGUAACUACUGGCACAACCAUCGCACCUGGGAGUUCCAAAACAAGGGCUACAACUUUGAGACUAAGUAAUGACACCACUGGGAGUGGAAUACAAACAGGAACUACUCUCAUAUCAGGUGAAGUCACCAGUUACCAAGGAGUUUCCAACUCAGGAGUCACCAUCAUAAUUCCAGGGAGCCAAUUUACUGGUAAAACAGGUACCAUUGGGAUAGGCUCUGGUAUUACAUCCUCACCUGGAGAUUUCAAAACAACCACAGCUUUUAAAGAAGGUGUUGGAACAACCAAAGCAGGAAUUUCAUCAGGCAAUACCACAGGAUCAGUGGGAGUCACCAGUAGCCAAGCAGGAACUAGUGGGGUAGCAUCUGGCACAACAGCUAUUGCUGGAAGUUCCAACACAAGUACCACUGUGGAAUCAAGAAUUACUGCUGUCCCAGAAAGUUCCAGCCCAGGAACCUCCAAGGAAGCAUCUGAAACAACUAUUGCUCCUGGAAUUUCUACCACAGGCUCCACCUCAGUAUCAAAUGGAAUGACAAGAAGCCCGGAAGUAUCCUACCCAGAAACCACUGGAGCAGCAACAGGAAAUCAAGAAACUGAAAAUAAGACAGGAUGUCCAGCACCUCUCCCACCACCUCCGGUUUGUCAUGGUCCACUGGGAGAAGAGAAAUCUCCUGGAGACAUUUGGACUGCCAAUUGCCACCGAUGCACCUGUACUGACGCAAACACUGUAGACUGUGAACUCCAGGAGUGCCCUUCUCCACCCACAUGCAAAACUGGAGAGAGGCUUGUAAAGUUCAAAGCUAAUGAUACCUGCUGUGAAAUCGGAUACUGUGAACCAAGAACAUGUUUAUUUAACAAUACUGACUAUGAGAUUGGUGAUUCAUUUGAUGACCCCAACAACCCAUGCAUCUCCUACUCCUGCAAUGACACUGGUUUUGUUGCAGUGGUCCAAGACUGUCCAAAGCAGACCUGGUGUGCAGAAGAAGACAGAGUCUAUGAUUCAAAAAAAUGUUGCUAUACAUGUAAAACUAAUUGCAGAUCUUCACUUGUGAAUGUGACUCUUAAAUACAAUGAUUGCAAGAAAAGAGUCGAGAUGGCAAGAUGCAGAGGGGAAUGCAAAAAGACUGUCAAGUACAAUUAUGAUAUCUUGGAAAAUUCAUGCCUCUGCUGCCGAGAAGAAGACUACGAAUUCAGAGACAUUGUUCUUGACUGUCCUGAUGGCAGUACAAUACCUUACAGAUACAGGCACAUCACAACGUGUGCUUGCUUAGACAUGUGCCAACAAUCUAUGACCACAGUGGCCAGUUAAUGUUAACAUUACCUUUCCAGUUAUAACGCGCCAAGUAUUUAUUUUAUAAGCGAACAAAAAUAAUCACUCGAUAGUGAGAGUAACUAAACAGUUGUAUCUCCCUCAAAAAGUGAGUUCUCAUUAUGAGGCAUUUUGUUCUCUUGUUGACUGAAUUUGAAAAAUAAAUACAACUUUGC